AUGGCCGAUAUGAUGUCUUAUCUCCUCUUCGGAGAUCAGUCGCUUGAUACCCAUGGAUUUCUCGCCGAGUUCUGCCGUUCAGGGAAUCCCAGCACCCUUGCGAAGGAGUUCCUCGACCAGGCUGGCCAGGCGUUGAGGGAGGAGGUCGAUGGUUUGGGGAAGCUGGAACGGUCGAAACUCCCCAACUUCCAGUCACUCCGCCAACUCAACGAGCGAUACCACGCCCAGGGCAUCAAGCACCCGGGCAUCGACAGCGCCCUGCUCUGCAUCACCCAGCUGGCUCACUACAUCGACCGCACCGAGAAGGAGCCUCAAGAUGACGCUCCUCACGAUCACACAUUCUUCAUGGGUCUCUGCACGGGGCUGUUUGCCGCAGCCGCUAUUGCCUCGACCCCAUCAGUCUCUACCUUGAUCCCUGUUGCCGUUCAGGUAGUCCUCAUGGCCUUCCGAACCGGAACCCACGUCGGUUCGCUGGCCGAGAGGCUCAGCCCGCCGGUCGGUCAAUCUGAGCCCUGGACACACAUCCUUCCCGGCCUGAAGGAAUCCAACGCCAAAGAGGCACUUAAUACUUUCCAUGAAUCUAAUUACAUCCCCGUCGCCAGCCAAGCAUACGUUAGCGCUGUGUCGGCAUCCAGCUUGGCGAUCUCAGGACCGCCUGCCACCCUCCGUGCGCUCGAGGACCAAAAUGUCUUCGGCGUCAAGCCUACGGCAAUCCCCGUCUACGGCCCUUACCACGCGGCUCACCUGCACGGCACCGCCGACAUCGAGAAGAUCCUUCGGCUCGAUGACCCCAAGGUGCUCGAGGUCUUCGCCAAGAGCAAGCCUCGCUCCGCCAUCAUGUCCGGCACCAAGGGAAUCUGGUUUGCCGAGGACGACACCAAGUCCCUCCUCAAGGCCGUUGCGCACGAGUGCCUCGUCGACGUUCUCCACUUCCAGAAGGGAAUUGAGGGAUGCAUUGAGACCGCCCGCGACUUCGAGGGAUCGACCUGUCUUGUCAUCCCCUUUGGUCCCACCUACAAUGCCGAGACUUUGUCAAAGCUGAUCCAGGACCGCACAAAGCUGAAUGUCCAAGUUCGCCACGGACCUAAGAUCCAGAGAGAGAGCAUUAACUCCCCCAUUGGCAACCAUGGCUCCAGCGGAAAGUGCAAGUUGGCCAUUGUCGGGAUGGCUGGUCGCUUCCCCGACGCCGCUAGCCACGAGAAGCUCUGGGAGUUGCUCUCCAAGGGCCUGGACGUUCACAGGGUCGUUCCUCCCGAUCGCUUCCCCGUCGCCACUCACUACGACAUCACCGGCAAGGCCAUCAACACGAGUCACUCUCAGUACGGAUGUUGGAUCGAGAACCCUGGCUACUUCGAUCCCAGGUUCUUCAACAUGUCUCCCCGUGAGGCCUUCCAGACCGAUCCCAUGCAGCGUAUGGCUUUGACCACCGCCUACGAGGCGUUGGAGAUGUGCGGCUAUGUCCCCAACAGGACGCCCUCUACAAAGCUGGACCGUAUCGGUACCUUCUACGGCCAGACUUCUGACGAUUGGCGUGAAAUCAACGCUGCCCAAGAAGUCGACACCUACUACAUCACUGGUGGUGUGCGAGCUUUCGGCCCUGGUCGCAUCAACUACCACUUCGGCUUCAGCGGCCCCAGUUUGAACAUCGACACCGCAUGUUCCUCCAGUGCCGCUGCAUUGAACGUCGCCUGCAACGCUCUGUGGGUAAAGGACUGUGACACCGCCAUUGUCGGUGGUCUCUCCUGCAUGACAAACCCCGACAUUUUUGCCGGUUUGUCGCGUGGCCAGUUCUUGUCCAAGACUGGUCCCUGUGCUACCUUCGACAAUGGAGCCGAUGGUUACUGCCGUGCUGACGGCUGCGCUUCGGUCAUUGUCAAGCGCCUCGACGACGCCAUUGCCGACAAGGAUAACGUCCUCGCCGUCAUCUUGGGCACUGCUACCAACCACUCGGCCGAUGCCAUUUCCAUCACUCACCCCCACGGACCCACCCAGUCCAUCUUGUCUAGGCACAUCCUCGAUGAGGCGGGUGUUGACCCUCUCGACGUCGACUACGUCGAGAUGCACGGCACUGGUACCCAGGCCGGCGAUGGUACCGAGAUGGUCUCCGUGACCAACGUCUUCGCCCCUGCCGAUCGCAAGAGACCCGCCGAUCGUCCUCUGUACCUUGGCGCUGUCAAGUCCAACGUCGGUCACGGCGAGGCUGCUUCGGGUGUUACUGCCCUGACCAAGGUGUUGAUGAUGAUGCAGAAGAAUGCUAUCCCUCCCCACGUGGGCAUCAAGAAGGAGAUAAACAAGACCUUCCCCAAGGAUUUGUCGGAGCGCAAUGUCAACAUCGCCUUCCACCUCACUCCCUUCAAGAGAAGAGAUGGCAAGCCCAGACGUAUCUUCGUUAACAAUUUCAGUGCUGCUGGUGGCAACACAGGUUUGCUGCUGGAGGAUGCGCCCCACGUCAAGGCUUCCGAGACGGACCCUCGCAACGUCCAGGUCGUUACUGUCACUGGCAAGUCCAAGGCUGCCAUGAUCCGCAACGCUGAGAGACUUGUCGGCUGGAUGGAGCAGAACCCCCAGACGCCCCUCUCCCACUUGGCGUACACCACGACUGCCCGUCGCAUCCAGCACUACUGGCGCAUGAACGUCGCCGCCUCUGAUCUUCCUGAGGCGCAGCGUCUCAUCAAGGACCGGCUCAAGGAGAACUUCACUCCUAUCUCCACCCAGCAGCCCAAGGUCGUCUUCAUGUUCACUGGCCAGGGGUCCCACUACGCCGGCCUUGGCAAGGACCUUUACGCGCAUUACACCGUCUUCCGGGAGAACAUCAACGAGUUCAACCAGCUCGCCCAGAUCCAUGGCUUCCCCAGCUUCCUGCCCCUCAUCGAUGGCAGCGAGUCUGAUGUGACCAAGUUCUCCCCUGUCGUGGUGCAGCUUGGCUUGUGCUGCUUCGAGAUGGCCCUUGCCCGCCUCUGGUCCUCUUGGGGCAUCAAACCCAGCGCCGUCAUGGGUCACUCUCUGGGCGAAUACGCUGCUCUCAACGCCGCUGGUGUUCUCUCUGCCAGCGACACCAUCUAUCUCGUCGGGGCCCGCGCCAAGCUUCUUGUCGAGAAGUGCACCGCCGGCACUCACGCUAUGCUGGCUGUCACCGGCCCCGUCGAUGCCGUCAUGGAGGCACUCGGCGCCCAGUCCGAGCAUGUCAACGUCGCCUGCAUCAACGGCCCCCGUGAGACCGUUCUCAGUGGCGCGGCUGCUAAGAUCAGUGACAUCUCGUCUCACCUCGGCACUGCCGGCUUCAAGUGCACCCAGCUCAAGGUGCCUUUUGCCUUCCACUCUGCCCAGGUCGAUCCCAUCUUGGAUGACUUCGAGACUCUCGCUCGUUCUGUGAGCUUCGAGAGGCCGCAGGUUCCCAUCAUCUCGCCACUUCUUGGCAAGAUGCUCGAGAGCGAGCCAAUCAACGCUGCAUACCUCCGUAACCACGCCCGGGAUGCGGUCAACAUCCUUGGUGGCCUCGUCCACGCCCAGCAGUCCGGCGCCGUCGAUGAGAAGACCGUCUGGCUUGAGGUCGGUCCCCACCCCGUCCUGGCCAACUUUGUCAAGUCUUCUUUUGGCAUCAGCUCUGUUGCUGUUCCCACUUUGCGCCGCAACGAGUCUACCUACAAGGUGCUGAGCAACACCCUGUGUGCUCUCCACACUGCUGGCAUCAACCUUGACUGGGACGAGUUUCACCGCGACUUUACCGAGUGCACUCGUCUUCUUGACCUCCCGACCUACUCCUUUGACGAGAAGAACUACUGGCUUCAAUACACCGGCGACUGGUGCCUCACCAAGAACCGUGGCCCUUCGGCGGUCAAGGCCCCUCUCCAGAUCGAGCCUGCCAGACCCAAGCUGUGCACCACUUCCAUUCAUGGAGUCACCAACGAGGAUGUCAAUGGGGACAUUGCUCUCGUCGAGACCGAAACCAACCUUUCGCGUCCCGACACCCGUCCUCUCGUCGAGGGUCACUUGUGCAACGGCGCUCCCCUCUGCCCGUCCACCUUGUACGCCGACAUGGCCAUGACUGUUGCCGACUACGCAUACAAGAUGCUCCGCCCUGACGCCGAGCCCGUUGGUCUGAACGUUGCCAACGUGGAGGUACCCAAGACGCUCAUCUUCGAUGAUAAGCUUGAUGCUCAUAUUCUCCGCACCACCGUCACCGCCAACGCUGCCUUGGGCUAUGCUGAUGUCAGCUUCCACACUGGCGAGGGUUCCAAGAAGACUGAGCAUGCACACUGCAAGGUCGUUUACGGCAGCACUGAGCAGUGGGCUGACGAGUUCGAACGCGUCAGCUACCUUAUCAAGGGCCGCAUCGACGCUCUGGAGGAGGCCGAGAGACAGGGCAAGGCUUCCAAGAUUGGUCGCGGCUUGACCUACAAGCUCUUCACUGCUCUGGUCGACUACGACACCAAGUACCAGGGUAUGGAAGAAGUUAUCUUGGACAGCAAGGCCUGCGAGGCCACUGCCAAGGUUAGCUUCCAGACCACGGACAAGGAUGGUAACUUCUUCUUCAACCCCUACUGGAUCGACAGCUGCUGCCAUAUCUCUGGCUUCAUCAUCAACGGUACCGAUGCCAUUGACUCUCGCGAGCAAGUCUUCAUCUCCCACGGCUGGGGCUCUUUGAGAUUCACUGAGAAGCUUGACGCCUCCAAGACUUACCGCUCCUACGUCCGCAUGCAGCCCGUCAAGGGUACCAAGAUGAUGGCCGGUGAUGCUUACGUCUUUGACGGUGACCGCAUCGUCGGUGUUGCUGGCGACGUCAAGUUCCAGUCCAUCCCCCGCAAGGUCCUCAACAUGGUUCUUCCCCCUCGUGGACGUGCUGCCGCCGGCGCCACAUCUGCUGCUCCUGCUCCCAAGGCUGCCGCUCCCUCCAAGGCGGCUCCUGCCAAGGAGAAGAGUGGCAAGGAGAAGGUCAGCAAGCAAGUCACCGCUAGCAACCUCAAGGCUGUCAACGCCAAGCUUGCCAAGCGCUCUGUUGUCCAGGACGUGUUCGACAUCCUGGCCAAGGAGGUUGGUGUUACCCAGGACGAGCUUGCCGACAACAUUGCCUUCACUGAUCUGGGCUGUGACUCCUUGAUGGCUCUGACUGUCUCCGGCAGGAUGCGCGAGGAGCUUGACAUCGACAUCGACUCCCAUGCCUUUGUCGAGUACCCGACUAUCGGCGCCUUCAAGGUUUUCCUUAGCCAGUUCGAGACAGCUGGAGGCAAGGACAGCUACGUCCAGGACUCUGGUGAUUCCAGUGCCUCUGUUUCUGAGACCCCCGAGCUUGAGUCCGACUCCAACGUCACCACUCCAUACGAGGAAAGUGACCGUUCGGUCAAGGGCGACGCGGACGAGGAAGGCUGUGACCUCCAAAGCGUUCUUCGUGAGACCAUCGCCACGGAGAUGGGUGUCGAGGUUGAUGAGAUUGUCGCUGCUCCUGACCUGGCUGCUCUGGGCAUGGACUCCCUCAUGAGUCUCUCCAUCCUGGGCACUCUUCGCGAGAAGUCGGGCAUGGAUAUUCCCAGCGACCUCUUUGUCACCAACCCAUCCCUGUUGGAAGUCGAGAAGGCCCUGGGCAUUGGCCCAAAGCCCAAGCCUGCGCCCGCCGCCAAGCCUGCGAAAGUUGCAUCGGCCCCCCGCCGCGAGAAGGUUGAGCCAACUCGUGAGAUCAACACCCACCCUGGCAACACCACCGCCUCCAUCACCAAGCCGCCCCCUCCCAGGGAGAUUGUUGACAACUACCCUCACCGCAAGGCCACCUCAAUCCUCCUUCAGGGUAGCACUCGCACUGCUACUAAGAAUCUGUGGAUGGUUCCUGACGGCAGCGGUUGCGCUACUUCUUACACCGAAAUCAGCCAGAUCUCCAGCCAGUGGGCUGUCUGGGGUCUCUUCUCCCCCUUCAUGAAGACUCCCGACGAGUACAAGUGCGGUGUCUACGGGAUGGCUACCAAGUUCAUCGAGGCCAUGAAGGCCAGACAGCCGAAAGGCCCCUACUCCCUGGCUGGUUGGUCCGCGGGAGGUGUCAUCGCCUACGAGAUCGUCAAUCAGCUUACCAAGGCUGGCGAGAGUGUUGAGAACCUCAUCAUCAUCGACGCUCCUUGCCCCAUCACCAUCGAGCCCCUCCCCAAGAGCCUCCACGCCUGGUUCGCCUCCAUCGGCCUUCUCGGCGAGGGAGACGAUGAUGCCAAGAAGAUUCCUUCUUGGCUUCUCCCCCACUUCGCUGCCAGUGUCACUGCCCUCAGCAACUACACUGCGGAGCCCAUCCCCAAGGAGAAGUGCCCCAAUGUCAUGGCCAUCUGGUGCGAGGACGGCGUCUGCCACCUUCCUUCCGACCCUCGCCCCGACCCGUACCCCACGGGACACGCGCUCUUCCUCCUGGACAACAGGACCGACUUCGGCCCUAACCGCUGGGACGAGUACCUGGACAUCAAUAAGUUCAGGACCAGGCACAUGCCUGGCAACCACUUCUCCAUGAUGCAUGGCGAUUAUGCCAAACAACUUGGACAGUUCAUUCGUGAAGCGGUUUGCGAGUAA